GUCUGUGUUGGAUGGGUACCCUAGAACUCGCAGGAAUACAGGACUGGUACCUCUGUAGUAUCCUUAAGAGAGGCAGCGGCCCCCGAGGGCCACCAGUAUGUACGAUUCCCGUCAACAUGCUGGAGCCUUGUGUCCGGGUUGAGCUGGCGGGACUCGGGUGGAGUUGGCCGAACUUCACGUUGAUCCACAUCUCCGGUGGAUGACGAAUCUCAAAAAACGUGCACGGGUUCUUAUUUUCUCCUCCUCCCCCUUUAAGGUGGUGGAGGAGUCUGAGUCGCUUGCUCCUUGACCCCGAGCCAAUGAGCGGUUCAAUUGUGUUUAGAUUAGAAUAGAAUAAAAUAGAAUAUAGAAUAGAUAGGUAGGUAUUCCUUUAUUAGUCCCACAGUGGGGAAAUUUCAAAAUCCCAAAAGUUUAGAAUGAAUUAUUUUGUAUGUGUUGCAUCUUCAAAUUCACUCUGAUUCUUCUUUCAGUUUUGUAAAUCACGCUUUGGUGGGUCAAAGUCGGCCUCACUAAAGCCACAUUUAGUGGCUAGAAGGACCCCCAGCCCUUCUCCUCCUCCUCCUUUCAUAUCCUCUGUGAGGACCCCCAGCCCUGCUCCUCCUUCAUCCCCUGGUAUGUCCUCUGUGAGGACACCCAGCAGCCCUACUGGGAACUAUGGUAUUGCAGAAGAUGCUGGUGAGCCUGGAGGAGUUCAGCUAGCCGCUGCUGGGGCUGCAGCUUCAUUCUGGUUGCCGUCGGAGAUGAGAAAGACCCUCCCUGUGCAGGACCAGAGGUGGAUUGCCAACACCCUCUUUCCCUCCGGCAAACUGCGGACAGAUUUGAAGCUGUGGUAUGAGCCCCCUGGCCCGGCCCUCAUCUACCAUCAGACUCCAACACCCGACCGCUUUUUCACACACCCGCUGAUGGUGUGGAUUCCCGACCGCCUGUGGAAGGUGACGGUGUUCUGCCCAGAUUGUGGGAAGCAGCUGACGGGCUCCGGUGUCCACAAGAGGUCUAGGAAGGUCCUGGACAUCGACAGGUAUCACCUGAUGGUGUCAGAGACACUCAAGUGCACUGUGUGCUCCACACAACACCUGUGGACGAGUCAGACUGUCCGGAACCAGCUGGACCUGCCACACCAACAGUUGUUUCGACUGAUCCUGACCCAAAAGUAUGCUUGUGAUAUCCGUGUCAUUCGGCUGCUUCGGGACCGGACUCUUGGCAACAGUCCAGCACGGCUGGCAAAGCAGCUCAAGGAGAACCAUGGGGAGGAAUGGCUGAACCGGUUAGCACACUAUGCUGGGGAGUGUGCUGACUUUGUGGAGCGGCCCAGUCUCCUUCCAGUGGUCUGAACAGUGUCCUGACGGUGCAGGAGGGGCCGGGACUGGACGUGAUGGUCUCCGGAGUGUCUGUGUUGGAUGGGUACCCUAGAACUCGCAGGAAUACAGGACUGGUGCCUCUGUAGUAUCCUUAAGAUGCAUGUUGUGUUCUUUUGGGGUGUCCCUCUGGACCAAGCUUCCCAAAGGGAUCAGGCACGUGUUUUACUCCGGUUGGGUCAAGAUGACCUUUUUCCAGAACCAGCUCGUCUUUCAUGUGAAGUUUAUGACGCAGUCAUCCUUCCUUCUGUUAAAUGCCCAAUCUCUAGAAAACAUCUGUUACACAACCAGAUGUUCCCAACAUAACAAGUUACAUAACUGGUUUUCUGAUGGCUAACUGUAAGGAGUUCAACAUAUGUUAUAUGAUAAUUUUCUCCAACAUAAUCUUUAUG